AUGGCAAUGGCUCCUUUAGCGAAACUGGUUCUUGGCACAUUUUCCUUCGCAAUAUUCUGGGUGCUGGCAGUUUUCCCUUCUGUUCCAUUGCUGCCCAUUGGGUGGACUGCCGGGUCUCUUCUUGGGGCUACACUCAUGGUUAUUUUCCAAGUCAUAUCUCCUGCUCAAGCAAAUGCUUCCAUUGAUCUUUCUAUUCUUGGUCUUCUUUUCGGAACCAUGGUUGUGAGUGUUUAUCUUGAAAGAGCAGAUGCAUUUAUGUACUUAGGCAAGCUGCUGUCAUGGAAGAGCCAAGGAGCUAAGGAUUUAAUUUGCAGAGUCUGCUUAUUAUCUGCCAUUUCGAGUGCUUUUUUCACUAAUGACACUUCUUCGUCGGCGGCUUGCAUUUCGCCGGAUUAUGUGAAGAAGUCAUGGCUGAUUUUGGCAUGGGUGAGCACUGUGGCUGGUAAUCUCUCAUUAUUGGGUUCAGCUGCCAACAUGAUAGUGUGUGAACAGGCUCGCCGUGACCCAGAUCUUGGUUACAAUUUAUCUUUCUGGAGCCAUCUCAAAUUUGGAGUUCCCUCCACUAUUGCAGUCACUGCUAUUGGGUUGAUAAUCAUUGGAUAG